AUGCCUACCACAAAUGAGCAAGAUGAACGGAUGAAGAAAUUCAAAAACAAAGGCAAGGACUUUGCAGAAAUGAGGAGGCAAAGAAUAGAAGUUGGAGUUGAACUUCGUAAGGCUAAGAAAGAUGAACAGAUCUUGAAACGAAGGAACAUCUGUUUCAACCCGGAAGAUCAUGAGUUUCCAGAGAAAGAUCAGAAGAAUGAGGCUUCCCAACUUUCUUUGGAGGAAAUAGUCGAGGUGAUCCAAUCGGAGGAGCCACAUCUUCAGCUGAAAGCUGCUCAGGCCGUCAGAAAGAUGCUGUCCAAGCAGAAGAAUCCACCCAUAAAUCAAGUUAUCGAAACUGGGAUUAUUCCUAAAAUAGUGGACUUCUUGUAUCACCACGACUCCCCCAACUUGCAAUUUGAGGCUGCCUGGGUCCUUACGAACAUAGCGUCAGGGACGUCCGACCAGACCCGAGUGGUUGUGGAGGCCAACGGCAUCCAGGGCUUGGUUGUCCUGCUGUCUUCUCCACAUAUACACAUCUGUGAGCAGGCUGUGUGGGCGCUGGGCAACAUCGCAGGUGACGGGCCCAUGUACCGAGACACUUUGAUCAACUUCAACGUGAUCCCUCCCCUUCUGUCUCUGGUGGUACCUACUACUCCGGUUGAGUUCCUGAGGAACAUCACAUGGACGCUGUCCAACCUUUGUAGAAACAAAAACCCGUACCCUCCUUUGGGAGCUGUGAAGGAGAUGCUGCCUGCGCUGAGCAGUCUACUGGAACAUGAAGACAAGGACAUCCUUUCGGACGCCUGCUGGGCCAUGUCCUACCUGACUGAUGGGUCCAAUGAUCGCAUCCAAGUUGUGGUUGAGGCGGGGUUUCUGCCACAGCUGGUAAAGCUCAUGAACAAUUCAGAGUUGUCUAUUGUGACUCCAGCUCUGCGUGCUAUGGGCAACAUUGUCACUGGGACGGAUUUGCAAACAGAGAUGGCCAUUGAUGCGGGUGUUCUGUCAGUCCUGCCGCAGCUCCUGCGGCACCAUAAAUCCACCGUGCAGAAGGAGGCAGCGUGGACGCUGAGCAACAUCGCAGCAGGGCCGUGUAGUCAGAUCCAACAGCUCAUCACAUGUGGGCUGCUGCCUCCCCUGGUGGAACUGCUGGACAAGGGAGAAUUCAAGGCCCAAAAGGAGGCUGUCUGGGCCAUAGCCAACUUCACAACUGGAGGCAAUUUAGAGCAAGUGGUGGAAAUGGUCCGGGCAGGAGUCCUGAAGCCUCUGCUGAACUUACUGACUAUCAAAGAUGGCAAAACCAUUCUUGUGAUCUUGGAUAGCAUCUCCACUAUCUUCCUGUCGGCUGAGAAGCUUGGCGAGACGGAAAAGCUCUGUCUUCUGGUAGAAGAGCUGGACGGCCUGGAGAAGAUCGAACGUCUCCAGACCCACGAGAACAACUUGGUCUACCGAGCCGCGCUGCGUCUUAUAGAUAAAUAUUUUUCUACCGAGGAGCAAGCAAAGAUAACCUUUGGAGAGACGAUGUUGAUCUUCGAGAAGCUGCUUCUCUUUGAUUCUGACUGUGCUACCUAA